AUGAUAUCAGAGUGUUUGGCUUGGCGGCCAAACGGAAGGCGUUCGAAGGAAACAGAGCUGAAAUGGAAAGUCGCUGUAAGUUUUGGCUUCCGAAAAAGAAGAGAUUCUGUGCCAACGCCCGCCUCGGAGAUUCCUCUUUCUGCGGCAAUCACUUACCGAGGUCUGACGGCCAGUGGAUUCCAUGCCCAAUUGACCCUUCUCACUCUGUACUCAAAGAGAAUCUUGAAGGGCAUACAAAGAGAUGCCCAUUUAUGAAGCAAGUUCAGACCUUGACUCGUCAACCCUUUUAUCAAAAGGGUAUCAAUGCUGGCGUAGAAGAAGACCACCCAGAUGAGGAGGAAUCGACCAAACUGUCAAAAGAUUGCGUUGCUUCGGAGUUCAAGAGGAAUGCUGUUUAUAGUAUGACAGUUCCUGAGUUCUACGAAUUAAUUAGAAAGAUUGAGUCUGUUCAUGCAUUAAUAUGUAAGGAUAUUCGGGAAUCUUAUAAGAUUCCUGAAGCUUGUGGAAUAUGGAUUAAAAGAGAAGUUGACAGCAAAUUGCCAUUUCAAGAGAAACAUGUUAUGCAACAGGCGUCAAUUCUUGGGAACUUGGAAGAAUUCGGUGUAUUGAGGAAUUCGGUGUCAUUUGGGGAUGAUGACAAAGUUGUCCCUGCAGUUGUUGAAUUUGGAGCAGGUAGAGGGUACUUGACUCAAAUGCUGGCUGAUUGUUAUGGGAUCGAAAGGGUGUUUUUGGUCGAGAGGAAAUCAUACAAGCUGAAGGCUGAUCGAUCCUUGCGACAGAAAGAAAGAUUGAUGUUAGAGCGUUUGAGAAUUGACAUUGAGGAUUUAAACUUAAAUGCCGUUGAGUCUUUGCGGGGAGUUCCUUAUCUUGCUAUUGGUAAACACCUUUGUGGGCCUGCAACAGAUUUGACUCUGAGAUGUUGCCUUAUGGAACAUGAUAAUCAAAAUAGUGUUGCACAGCAUAGUGUUAACCCAAAUCUGAAAGGUCUGGCUAUAGCGACGUGUUGCCAUCAUCUUUGCCAAUGGAAAAACUACAUAAAUAAAAAAUAUUUAUUAGAUUUGGGGAUCACAAAGGAAGAAUUCCAUGCAGUUACAUGGUUUACCAGUUGGGCAGUAGAUGCUGACCAUGGUUCAGAUCUUUCCGAUCGCAACUUUCAUCUACAGUCCAUUGGAAAGGAGUGUGGUGAUGAUUGUGAAGUUGAAGGCAUAGUGAGAAAUAUGAAGGCAGCUGAAAGGGCAGUGCUUGGUUUCAUGUGCAAGCAAAUUAUCGACAGGGGCAGGUUGAUGUGGAUGACGGAACGUGGGUUACAAACUCAGUUUGUUAAAUAUGUCCCACCUACCAUCUCUCCAGAAAAUCAUCUACUUGUUGCUGGAUGCAGCAAUCAUUUAUAAAAUGUCAUUGUUCUUUUACGUUGCUAAAAAGUUUUGAUAUGUAAAACGGGACUUCACUGAUGCAUCGAAAAUGAUGGGAUGUUUGAGAAUGGCCUGCUGUGGCUGACAAUUAACCAUGUACAACGAGGAAUUUCAUGUAUGAAACAUUCGUUUAUUCUUCCUUUUUCUGA